UCCUUAAAUCGGCAAAUGAGGCAAGUCAUUCUUUCGAAAAUUGUCGCAGCGAGCAGAGCUCUUGAAAAGUAAUAAAAAGUAAAAAUUAAAUUCCUCUCAUUGAGUCGUUGUGUUCCGUGUCGAGCAGAGUACUUAAUUUUUGCAGCCAGCACGCCGCGUGUGCCGUUCUCGUUUAGAUCCACAUACCAAAGUCCAGGCCCAGGUUCAGCCAAGAACACCACUCCCUCCAACCAUCAUCCAUUCGAUUCCAUACAGUCACCAAUCGAAGCCUGACAAAAUGGUCACCGACGCCCAGGACACCGUUGCACCCAAGACCACCAGCAGCAGCACCAAGGAGGUGCAGUGCCAGCACACCGGCACCCUGGAUGAGCCCCAGGCCCAGGUCCAGGUCCAGUCGCAGUCGCAGGCCCAGGCCCAAGUCCUGGAGACGGCUCCCCCGACCCCCGCCCCCUUGGCCACGCCCAAGAGCGGCCGCGUGGGCAUCUUCAAUGCCGAGGACUUCCUGUCCCGCGCCCAGCUGAACGACAAGAUCAACAACAUCCUGCGCUCGCCCACCAAGACUCCAAAUGGCGUGCGCCAGCGCUCGGUUUUCACCAACAACAAUCCGUCGCCGCAAGCCACCAUGCGCCUCGUGUCGUCGAUGAACAGCCCACUGGCCACACGCAUGAGCAGCUUGUCGCUGAGUGGCGGCAUGAAGCGCGAAUUGGAGCGCGGCAGCAGCAGCAGCAGCAUGGGCAACAGCGCCAGCGUAGGCACCAGCACCGCCGUUCUGGCCAAGGAGUGCUCCAGCCAGACGAGCAGCUGCAGCCGCAGCUACAUGCAUCUGGACAUGCAUGCCGCACCGCAUGCAUCCGGUUUCGGCGUCCUGCCGCAGGCUGGUGCUGGCUACGAUGCCGUUGGACUGGACAUGGAUGCCGCCAACAUCACGCGCAGCGGCAAGAGUCUCACCGGACGCUUCAGCACUGAUGGCGCCUACUGCAUGCCACAGGCACAUCACACCCAGCAGUUCCCAUCGCCCAUGCCGCCACCACCCUAUGCCCUGGGUCGCGUCAGCUCGCGCACCUUUGAGUUCGACAACAACACACCACCGCCGUGUCCAGGAUCUGGACCCAUCGCCAUGUCCAAUGGCACCAUCCAGCUGCGCCUGCGCGAGGGCGUUCGCAUUGACAUGACCCUGGACAAGGCUGUCCGUGUGCUCAACCAGCGCAGCAUGGUGGCCGUCGCCCUGUCGCGCAACUGCAGCAACUCUGCCCUCAUCCAUCCCAAUGGAAGGAUCCUGCAGAGCGGCUCCAAGGUGGAGAUCGUCGCCUACGACGGCAUGAAGGCCAAUAACUUUGUUCGCUAUGCCAAAAUGUGGUACAAGGGCGUCAGUUUCACCAGCGAGUCCUGCGCCCUCAUCUAUCUGGUGGACACAGCCGGCACCCGCACCACCACCGAUACCUUCACCGAUUUGACCAAGGACUACACCCUGGCGGUGUUCUAUGACGAUUCGCGCCACGGCCCAUCCUUUAUGUCCGAUGCCCACGAAGUAAUCGCCAACUCCACCUACAACUGCGCCGAGGACGGCACCGAGGUGUACGACAUCAACGGAUUCCGCAUCACGCAGGCGGCCGACGGCCUGGUGAAGGUCACACGCCAGCACAACAAGUGCCUGAUUCGCACCAGUCCGGGCAAUGGAUCCGCCACCCUGACCACUCCCGGCAUCCACUGCACGGCUUCGCUGGGCAAGACCUCGCACCUGUUCGUCCGUCGUAAUGAGAAGCGCAUGCAUUUCGACGGGUCCUGUUUCAUUGUACGCAAUGCUGGUCACUCGGCCGGAUUCAAUGAAAACAACCUGCUGAUUGUCUACUAAGUACCGCUCGCACCGAGGGAUGUGCACCGCGUUGGGUGGCAGCCAAGUGCCACCUGUAGCCACCCAGCGGGGCUAUCGAAAAUCACCCCAUUAUACCACCACACACACACAUCAGAAAACACACACACGCACACCGACUCAAGCGUCGAUAUAGCUACCCCGAAAAAAAAAACAAGAAAAGCAAAGGAAAGUAAAGGAAAACAUUGGAAAACUGGGGCCUCGACGUGGAGAGGGAUCAGAUCAUAUGAGAAAACCUGGUCCUCGAAACAAAACAAAAAUUAUAAAUGUAAAGCUGCAUUUGAAAAGAUAGCUCGAAAAAGUGCGCGAGCAACGAUAUG